AUGGCCACCGCCGUCCUCCCGACGGCGGCUCUCCCCGCCUCCGCCGUGCCCACGCAUAGUACACCUCACCGGGCGGCGCUUCGCGACGUGCCUCAGCUCCACGCGGCCCUGCUCAAGUCCGGUGCCCUCACCACGUCGCCGGAAUCCUUCCACUCCUUCCUCGAGGCCACCGCGCUACCGUCGCCGGUCACCUCCCCGGCCCACCUCUCCUACGCCAUCCGCCUGUUCCGCCUCGGCCCCCGCCCUCCCCUCUCCGCGCCGGCGUAUAACAUCCUUAUCCGCGCCUUCUUCCGCGCGGGCCACCCGGAGGAUGCCCUCCACCUGUUCGUCGAAAUGCUCGACGCUUCCGAUGUCUGGCCCGACCAACACACCAUCGCCAACACCGUGAAGUCCUUAGCCAGGAUGUAUGCUAUGGCUACAGGGCGUGGCGUCCAAGCGUACGCUGUCAAGCGUGGGUUCAUGGUCGAUCGGUUCGUGCUGAACAGCUUGAUACAUAUGUACGCGAGCUGUGGGGAUGUCGUUGCAGCACAGGUGCUGUUCAACACAGUGGAGGAGAAGGGUGUUGUAACAUGGAAUGCGAUGAUCGCGGGCUACGUCAAGAAUGGAGACUGGAAGGAGGUGGUCGAGAUGUUUAAGGGGAUGCUUGAUGUUCAGGCGCCAUUUGAUGAAGUCACAUUGGUAAGCGUCGCCACAGCCUGCGGAAGAAUAGGUGAUGCCAAGCUUGGUGAGUGGAUUGUAGUGUAUGCAGAGGAGAAGGGGAUGGUGAGGAACAGGAACUUGGCGACUGCACUGGUUGACAUGUUUGCAAAGUGCGGAGAACUUGAUAAGGCGCGGAGGUUGUUCGACAGGAUGCGCUCCCGGGAUGUGGUUGCUUGGAGCGCGAUGAUCUCUGGGUACACUCAGGCUGACCGGUGUCAAGAGGCACUUACUAUUUUCAGUGAGAUGCAGUCUACCGACGUGAACCCGAAUGAUGUAACCCUGGUCAGUGUGCUCUCUGCUUGUGCUGUCCUGGGUGCGCUUGAGACAGGUAAGUGGGUGCAUUCGUACAUAAGGAGGAAGGGGUUGCCCCUUACAGUAAUUCUUGGUACUGCAUUGGUGGACUUUUAUGCUAAGUGCGGAUGCAUUGAAGAUGCAGUCAAGGCAUUUGAGUCGAUGCCUGUGAGGAACUCUUGGACAUGGACAGCCUUGAUAAAGGGCAUGGCAAGCAACGGAAGAGGCAGAGAAGCGCUGGAGGUCUUCUCAUCCAUGCGUGAGGCCGAUAUUGAGCCUACAGAUGUCACAUUCAUUGGUGUUCUAUUAGCUUGCAGCCACAGCUGCUUAGUUGAGGAGGGUCGCGGGUAUUUUGAUAGCAUGACCCAGGAUUAUGGCAUCCCUGCAAGGAUUGAGCACUACGGCUGUAUGGUUGAUCUAUUGGGGCGGGCUGGUUUGAUCGAUGAGGCAUAUCAGUUUAUCAGGAAUAUGCCAAUUGAGCCAAAUGCAGUAGUCUGGAGGGCACUUCUUUCUGCCUGCACAGUUCACAAAAACGUUGAAAUCGGGGAAGAAGCACUGAAGCAGAUUAUCCCAAUGGACCCCUGUCACAGUGGUAACUACAUACUUCUGUCGAACACCUAUGCGUCAGUGGGACAAUGGAAGGAUGCGGCUAUGAUACGGAAUGAGAUGAAGGAGAGAGGGGUUGAGAAAAUUCCAGGGUGCAGUCUCAUUGAGCUGGAUGGGACAGUAUUCGAGUUCUUUGCUGAAGACUGUCACCACCCACAGUUGAGGGACAUAUAUGAGAAAGUUGAUGAGAUGAUCGAAAAUAUCAAGAUGGCUGGGUACAUCCCAAAUACAGCUGAUGCAAGGCUAGAUGUUGAUGAAUAUGAGAAGCAAGUAUCCGUCUCGCAUCACAGUGAGAAGCUGGCCAUUGCGUUUGGCCUGAUGAAGUCACGCCCUGGCGCAACAAUUCGGUUGUCGAAGAAUCUGAGAGUGUGCGUGGACUGCCACUCUGCCACGAAGUUGAUCUCGAAGGUGUACAACAGGGAGAUCGUUGUUCGAGACAGGAAUAGAUUUCAUCAUUUCAAAGAUGGUGUCUGCUCCUGUAAUGAUUACUGGUGAGUACGAACUCUCUGAGUCCCUGGGCCUUAAGGGUUUUCCUUGUAGAUAAGAUCAUAAGAAUAUACACCAGAUACAUAGACGUAACAGUGAACAUGUAUGCAAGUAAUUUGUGACCAAUCUGUUAGUACGAGAAUGUCAUUUACAGUUAGAAGAAACUGUUAGUCUACCAGUGUUCGUCCUGCAGACUGUGUGAUCAUGUACAGAGCACAGGCUGCACAUUGUUGUGCAUGAAUUUCAAACGGGGAACCAUCCUCAUAAAUUUUUCUUUCAUUGUCUUUACUAUUACAGCA